AUGCAUAAGAAUCAAAUUCAAAAUACUAAUACUCGUAAACCAUCUAAUAGUUAUUUAAAAACUGAGUUCAGUUGUUCAUCUUAGAUAAAGGAUUUGAGAUAUACAACUGACCCUUCUCCUAAUAGAGGGAAUAAAGAAAAUGUUGUUAAACCAUCUUAUCUAAAAGCAACUCUCCAAAAUCAUUUAAUCAAAUAAGAUAGAAAUAUCACUCCUAAUGUUGCCAAAGGUAGUGUUAUAAGCUUGUUUCUUAAAUAGAAAUAAGAAGAGUAGUAAACGGAAAUUAAAUUGAAUUCUUGUUAAAUGCACAAAAAGAAAUUGAAAUAUGAAAUCAAUUAAUAAUAAAUGUGUAGCAGAUGUGCAAUUGAUUAUGCCAUCUAAUUUGGAGUACCAAUUCGUUAUAAUGAUUUAGACAGAAAAAUGCUUACAUUUGGAUAAGAUGAAGAACAUGAAGAAUUUCAGACUUUUACAUAAAACACUUCAAAAGAACUUUAAUAUAUUUCAAAUAUACAAACUUAAUCUGAUGGUAUCAUUAAAAAAAAAGAGUUAAAGGAUUUUAUAGUUAAAGUUGGAGAUGUUAUCAGUUAGAAUAUGUAAUUUCUAAAAGUAAUUCAAUAAUAAUCUCAUACCUAAGAUAAUUCAAAACAAUAAGUAAAUAAAAUAUUAGAUGAACUUUAAAUAAUAAGUAAGGCACUUCUUAAUGAAUUAUUUGAUAAAUAAUAAACUAAAAGUCAAGGUUCUUUAUGUAUAUCUAAUGAUCUUCCUCAGUAGAUUAAUCUUAAUAGCUUUAAAUCAGUAGUUACUUAAUAAAUAAAUGAUCUAUAAAAUAUAAAGAAAGAUAUUAUGGAGAAUGUUGAUAAUAUCAUAACUUAAAUGGAUGUAGCUCCUUUUAAAAUUAUCAUAAAUAAAUACAGCGAAAAAUUAAAGACUUUUGAAAGUACUUUAUUUGAAAUCUAAGAAUAAUGUAUAAAAUUAUAUUUUAAAUUAGACAAAUAACUUCCAUAAUAAGGGGAAAAUAAUACUUUUACAAAAAAGAUGAGAGAUUUAAAUUUCAAGAAAAAGUUAUCGAAAUUAUUUAAUGAUUUAUUUGAAAAUUCAUUUAUAAAAACAAGCUAAUUAUCAGAUUAAGGUAAUCUAAUUGUUUAAUAAAAUUAGUUAAUAAUAAUACAAAGUUUAUUUAAUUGUUAUAAAAAGUAAAUAACAAUUAGAAUACAAACACAAUCUUCUAUUCAUCUAUUUUAAAAGUAUAAAUAUAUCAUUAACAUUAGGAUAUCAAUUCUGAUGAAAAACCUAAACAAUUAAAACCAAAAUAUAAGCCUUCUGAGUGA